AUGGAGCGGCUUAACUGCAAUGAGUUGAUUAGAAGAAUCAUCUUAAGUUGCACCAGUUAUGACUGCAAGAAACGUCCAAGAGCUUUCGAAAUGCUUCAGCAGACAAUCACAAUCAGAAAGAUGUACGAACAACUGUCACCGCUUCUUCCAUUCAAGCCAACCAACGACGAAAAUUUAGUCGAACCAUCAAGCCCGAUCGGAAUCAAGGCAAAGAUCGAUGAAAAUUAUUAUCUCAUUACAGACAUAGAAAAGUCUGAAGCUGUAAAAAUUGCGGAAAUGCUAGCUUCUCGUAUACUGUUUCCGGAACAAGAACUUGAGAACGUCAAAAGUGAAUGCCAAGAGAAAGCCGAAACCUUUGUUUUUACUAACAAACGACCGCUAUGCUUCGAUUAUUUAGAUUUUGAUGCAAAUUUACGUUUUGAUCAAAUAAUCUCGUAUUUCGAAGGACUCAUUUCACAAGAGCAAGACCUUCUUAUCAAGCUUCAAGAACUGUCGAAUUUUGUCGAUCUAGCUCGGGCUAUUUCAAGUGCUGGUGUUUUGCUUAUGCUCAUAUCUUCACUUGAGUGCCCGAAUGCAAUUUCGAAAAGAACAAAGUAUAUGAGUUAUCCGAUAAUCAGA